CCUUCGGAGUGCUGGACUUUGUCCGCACGCCUGCUCCCGGGAGCCAGACAGAUUCCAAAGGAUCCUUGGAGCCGCACAAACCGGUGAAAAGCAAGAAGAAACGGGAAUUGAGGAUAACAUGUCCCCCCAUCAAACAGCCUGUUGCCAACACAACGCCCCCGAGGAACUUGGACUCCAGAGCGUUCAUUACCAUUGGAGAAAAAAACUUUGAGGUGGAAGCUGAUGACCUGGUAGCAAUUUCGGAGCUGGGCCGUGGGGCCUAUGGUGUGGUGGAGAAGGUCCGGCACGCACAGAGCGGCACCAUCAUGGCCGUGAAGAGGAUUCGAGCGACUGUGAACACUCAGGAGCAGAAGAGGUUAUUGAUGGACUUGGACAUCUCCAUGAGGACAGUUGACUGCUUCUACACCGUCACCUUCUAUGGAGCCCUCUUCCGUGAGGGCGAUGUGUGGAUCUGCAUGGAACUCAUGGACACCUCCCUAGAUAAAUUCUACAAGAAAGUUCUGGAGAAGAAGAAAACCAUCCCUGAAGACAUUUUGGGGAAAAUGGCCGUGUCUAUUGUGCGAGCUCUGGAGCAUCUGCACAGUAAACUGUCCGUAAUCCAUAGAGACGUGAAACCUUCCAACGUGCUGAUUAACAAGGAGGGACACGUGAAAAUGUGUGACUUUGGGAUCAGCGGCUACUUGGUGGACUCUGUUGCGAAGACCAUGGAUGCUGGCUGCAAACCGUACAUGGCUCCAGAAAGAAUAAACCCUGAGCUGAACCAGAAGGGCUACAACGUGAAGUCAGAUGUCUGGAGCCUGGGGAUCACAAUGAUCGAACUGGCCAUUCUUCGCUUCCCGUACGAGUCCUGGGGGACCCCUUUCCAACAGCUCAAGCAAGUGGUGGAGGAGCCCUCGCCCCAGCUGCCUGCUGAUCGCUUCUCCAAGGAGUUUGUGGACUUCACGGCGCAGUGCUUAAGGAAGAACCCUGCUGAGCGAAUGAACUAUUUAGAACUUAUGGAACAUCCUUUCUUUACCUUGCACGACACCAAAGAGACUGACAUGGCCUCCUUCGUGACAGAGAUCCUUGGGGAAGACUCCUAA